UCAUUUGUGCUUCUGACAGUUUCAUCGCCGUACCGCAGAUAUCAAUUUGUUGAUUACGUAAAUAUGGCUCAACUCUACAGAAAUUUUCGUGCCUUCAGGACUUUUUCCCUGACAAUCAACAGGCACUUCAGUGCUGCCAAGGAGACAGAGGUUGAGGUGGAACGUCUUCAAGGAGACAAACGGGGAAUUGCCAUACUAGCCCUCAAUCGACCAAGUGCCAAGAAUGCCUUCUCUCGAUCUCUUGUGGACAAGCUGAUAGACUCCGUGGAUUCCCUGUGGCAUGACAAGGAUGUGCGAGUAGUUGUUCUCAGGAGUUUGGUCCCAGGUGCCUUCUGUGCAGGUGCUGACCUCAAGGAACGCGCCAAACAAUCCCCGGAAGAAGUAGUGAGAUUUGUUAAGAAACUCCGUGGAGUUUUGACUCAGAUUGAGCAACUCCCGAUGCCUGUAAUUGCUGCUGUUGAUGGCUUUGCCCUGGGAGGAGGCUUGGAGAUGGCCUUGGCCUGUGACAUUCGCUGUGCUUCGGUUGACGCCAAAAUGGGACUCGUGGAAACACGUCUGGCCAUUAUUCCGGGAGCCGGAGGUACUCAACGUCUUCCCAGAACUGUGAGUCCAAGCCUGGCCAAGGAACUAAUCUUCACAGCCAAGGUCUUUACUGGGGCUGAAGCCAAAGAAAUGGGUAUAUGUACCCAUACUGUUCCCCAAAAUGACACCAAAGAUGCUGCUUACUUGAAAGCUCUGGAAAUUGCCACUGAGAUCCUUCCCAAUGGACCUGUAGGAGUAAGAAUGGCCAAGAAAGCCAUCAACAAUGGAAUCCAGGUUGAUAUCAGUACUGGAUAUGCCAUUGAGGAAGCCUGCUACGCUCAAGUUAUGCCAACAACUGAUCGACUUGAGGGCUUAAAAGCUUUUGCUGAGAAGAGGAAGCCCAUCUACAAGGGCGAAUAAAAGGGCUCACACAGAAAAAAAUAUUUUGUAAAAUUGUUCGUAAAUGUUUGUGAAAUCCUAUGGCAGACUUACGAAUUGCUCGUCAAUUGUAUAACCCACAAACAAGUUCGUAAAAUGUUGUACUUUUUCACAAACAUUGUUCGUAAAAUGAUCAUUUGACGAACAUUUUUUGUACUUUUACAAACAUUUGUUCGUAAAUGUUCGUAAACACAAAAAAAAUGUUCGUAAAAUUUUGUCAUUUGUUCGUAAAUUUUUGCCAGACAAACAAAAAUUUACGAACAAAUACAAACAAAUGACAAAAUUUUACGAACAUUUACGAACAAAUGUUUGUAAAAGUACAAAAAAUGUUCGUCAAAUGAUCAUUUUACGAACAAUGUUUGUGAAAAAACUACAAAAUUUUACGAACUUGUUUAUGGUUUAUAAUACAAUUCACGAGCAUUUCGUAAGUCUGCCAUAUGAUUUCACAAACAUUUACGAACAAUUUUACAAAAUAUUUUUUUCUGUGCAGGAUCUUCGGGACUAAUAAGCCAAAUCAUGUGAUAAAGUGCAUUUAUAUUGGGAGAAUUCUUUGUAUAAAAAAAUUCACAUUAAACGUCUAAGAGCUCU